AUGGAAUAUUUAGUUCACAAAUCUAGUCACCAAGGUGUGCUUUAUAUAUUUAACAAAACCAUUUUUUCAUUCCUCAGUCAUGACACUCCACAAAAAAGCACAAAGUUGAUUGAAGAAAUAGAAAACUCAGUGAUGGAAGAUAUAAGAAAUAGGACAGCAGUCCAGGAAUUCAUCCUGGAGGGAUUUCCUGCUGUCCAACAUCUGGGGAAGAUUCUCUUCCUGGUGCAUCUGCUGGCAUAUAUGGCCUCUAUCAUGGGAAACACGCUCAUAAUUACUGUGACUUGUGUUGACCAUCGCCUACAGACACCCAUGUAUUUUUUCCUUAGCAGUUUCUCCUUUUUAGAGUGUUGUUUCAUAACCACUGUCAUCCCUAAAUUGUUGGUCAUAUUUGUAUCAGGGAGUCAAACAAUUUCUUUUGCUGCCUGCUUCACACAGGCUUUUGUCUUUCUUUUCCUGGGGGUAACUAUUUUCUUCCUUAUGGCUGUAUUAUCCCUAGAUCGGUAUCUUGCCAUUUGUAAACCUCUGUACUAUCCAACCAUCAUGAGCCCAAGAAAGUGCGUUCUUUUGGUCAUUUCCUGCGUGGUUUUGGGAUUCUUUCUCAUGAUAAUUCCAAUUUUAAUUCUUAAUUCCGCAUCCUUCUGUGGCCCCCAUGUUAUCCCUCAUUUUUUUUGUGACUUUGGCCCCCUAAUCCAUCUGUCCUGCUCUGACACCCGAUAUAUUGAAAUGCUGUCAUUUGGCCUUGCUGUGUUUAUCCUUUUGACAUCCCUCAGUACAACUAUACUUUCAUAUAGCAACAUCGUAGUCACAAUCAUUCGUCUCCCAUCAGCCAAGGAGAGACAGAAAGCCUUCUCUACUUGCUCAUCUCACCUCAUUGUUCUCUCACUGAUGUAUGGCAGCUGUGUCUUUAUUUAUGUAAAACCAAAGCAAACAAACAGGGUGUACUACAACAGGGAGGCUGCCCUUGUGAAUACCGUGGUGACUCCACUAUUGAACCCUGUCAUCUAUACUCUGAGGAAUAAGCAGGUCCACCAGGCCUUGAGGGACAUUUUGUCAAGGGUAAGGUUGCAAAAAUAG